AUUGAGAGUGCACUCUUGAAGAGCAUUUGGGGAGGCUGGUCCCUUCCUGUCUCAUUCUUUACUUUCCAUGUUGAACAAAUUAAGUCACGUUGCACACAGCAUGACCUUGCCACAUUGCAUUUUGCCACCACAGACUCAAAUCAAUAGGACUAUGGGUGGCAAAGUCCUAACUGCUAAACAAAAUGACCUCUCCCUCUUGCUUAUGUCUGUGUUCGUUUGGGUGAGUGCUUGUGUGCAUGUGGAGACCAGAGAUUGACCUCAGGUGUUUUCCUCAAUUAUUGUCAACCUUUGUUUUAGAGAUAAGGUCUCUCACUAAACCAGAGUUCAUUGAUUUGGUUAAGCUUGCCAGAGAUACACCUACCUCUAGUCCCUACUCCACCCCACCCUGUAACUGGGGUUACAGAUUCAUUCCCAGUGCUAUGAAAUUGCACUCAAAUCCAUGCUUAUGCAUGUGGCAGGUACUUACAGACUGAACCAUCUCUUACCCUCCAAACACAUUAUUUUAUUGAAUUAUUUUUAACUUUUGGUUAUUAGGAUUCUGUACCAUCAAAUAUCCAUAAGGAGGUUCUUCCUAUUGUCCUGUUUCUUCUUCUAAUGGUUCUAGUGGUUGUCUUUCUAGGGUUGGAAUUUUUUAUGUAUGUCUUGUCUUCCUCCCCAAAUAACAUGGUGUAUGGUGUAUUUUCAUUUUUUUUGUCUUAUAUUUGUAACUCUAACUCCAUGUCUAUUUAUUUCUCAAAUCUGCUGUGACUGGUGUGAUGUCUGACUGUUGCUAGGCUCACACCCUUCAAUCUUGCCAGAGGAAGGGAAAGAAUGAAUUUGACAAGAGACUUUUUCGUGGAGAUUCUCUGUUUUUCACAAGAAGAAGAAACAUCCUAAGGCAUCUGAAUUAAACCUGCCAAUCAGCCUACAUUAAGCUUACCAGCACAGGGGACCAUGGACAUCGAAGCUUAUUUUGAAAGGAUUGGUUAUAAGAAAUCAGCGAAUAAAUUGGACUUGAACACAUUAACUGAAGUUCUUCAGCACCAGAUGCGAACAGUUCCUUUUGAGAAUCUUAACAUUCAUAGUGGAGAAGCCAUGGAUCUGGGUUUAGAGACCGUUUUUGACCACAUAGUGAGGAAGAAGAGGGGUGGGUGGUGUCUCCAGGUUAAUCAUCUCCUGUACUGGGCUCUGAUCAAAAUGGGCUUUGAAACCACAAUGUUGGGAGGAUACGUUUACAUAGAUCCAGUCAGUAAAUAUAGCAACAAAAUGGUUCACCUUCUAGUACAGGUGACCAUCGGUGACAGAAACUACGUUGUUGAUGGUGCCUAUGGAGGCUCCCUCCAGAUGUGGGAGCCUCUGGAAUUAGUGUCAGGGAAGGAUCAGCCUCAGGCACCUGCCAUCUUUCGUUUGACAGAAGAGAAUGGAACCUGGUACUUGGACCAAAUUAGAAGAGAGCAGUAUGUCCCAAACCAAGAAUUUGUUAACUCGGAUCUCCUUGAGAAGACCAAAUAUCGAAAGAUCUAUUCUUUUACUCUCAAACCCCGCACUAUUGAAGAGUUUGAAUAUUCAAAUACUUACCUUCAGACAUCGCCAUCAUCUGUAUUUGUAAAUACAUCGUUUUGCUCCUUGCAGACCACAGAAGGGGUGUGCUGUUUAAUAGGCUCCACCAUUGCGAGUAGGAAAUUUAGUUAUAAGGGCAAUGUAGAUCUGGUCGAGAUUAGGAACGUGAAGGAGGAAGAAAUAGAAGACAUACUGAAAACUGCAUUUGGCGUUUCUUUGGAGAAAAAGUUUGUGCCCAAAAAGGGUAACCUAUCUUUUACUAUUUAGGAUGAGAUGCAAAACUGUUUUUCAUUAUUAUUUCAUGCUCUUAAACAUUUGAAACAUAUGCAAAUGUAUCCAUAACAAGCCUUAAAGAAUCAUCACCCAGCUCGAUAUUGAUGACUUGUUGUAUCUUCUAUUGCCUACAUUUUAUAGAAAAGAAAUCCUAGCUGUCCUAUCAUUUCACCAAGAAAAAUAUCAUCAGUUAUAAUUAAAUAAAACUGUUAAUGGAUAUAACCACAAUCCUUUCAAGAUUAAUCAUAUAAAAAUUCUUAAUGAAGAUGUGGUUAUUUUGGGAGCCAUAUUCAUUUGUAAUAGAAAAGCUUCAAACAUUAUGUUAUUGUUGAACUCAUAUAAAACUUAUUUAGUCAUUGACUAUGAAUUAACAGAGAACUGCGGGCAUUAAAUUCAGCCAGAAUAAAUCUGAUGCCCAAGGUUUAUGAGAAACCACCUUCACAAUUUAGGAUUAGAAUAAAGAGAACAAGAAUGAGCCAUCAUUUCAGUUCUAGGAAACUUCCUAGACCUCAAGACAAAAUUCAAACCAAUGCAUGGGUCUCUAUGAGUAGGUGCCAACACAAUGACAUGGCUUAGAAUUUCUUCCAGGGUUAAUUUUGCUGACAGAGUUCUGUUUGUAUUUGAUUUUUUUUUAAAGCUAUGGGAACACUGAUGUUUGGAAUUAGGUGAUUUAUACCUCAUGUAAUAAUCUUUAAAGCUCAUAAAAUACAUGUUAUCUGGGAGACGUGAAGUACAUUAAUUGUUAACUAUAUUAAAAUAGUA